AAAAUGAAAUUAAAAGCAAACACAUAAGUGACCGAAUGACAUAAUUCAAGUGGUUGAGAGGUGGGUGUCGAAUUAUAGGGAGUAAGUUUGGGUUCGUCUCGCUAACACCAAUGACAAAAAAUGACCAUUUCGGACUAGCAUUAAGAAAAAAAGAAUGAGCUUUAUCCCCGAAGGCCUGAAGUGACAAAUUAGACUAUGAUCGCAGACAUGCACCUGAUAUUUGCAGAUGCCCCAUGCUUAACAUUGUUGCUUCUCAACGCAUUUGCCAUUAAUCCUCGAAUCUUCCCUCUUGACAUUCCUUGCCUUUGUCAACUGCGCAACUCCCACCGGCAGGCUAGCACUAAGAAACUUGGGGUUCAAUUUUUUUUAAAGAGACACAAAGUUUUGGGGAGAUGAGAGUACAACUUUAUUUAUCUCCCUUUCCACCACUUUCAUCGUCAUCAUCAUCUUUACUCUUUAGCUAGGAACCUUAAUUCCAUUAAAAAUAGAUUUUCAACGACGUGAGUAAACAGGUUAACUGGUUCACUGCAGUCUUAGCUUUAUAUAAGGAUAGGGUUUAGGGUUUCUUUCUCAUUUCGUAUUUUGUUCAUUUCUCUGAUAAAAUUAAACCAAGCAAAGAUCAAAUUUUUAACUGGGGACUCACAGAGAGAAUUAAGUAAUCGUAUUGUUUGUGUGAAGGGGAAGCAGAUCCGUUAAUCCCUGCCGUUGUUACUGUUCCGGCGGCCACCACCACCACACCGUUUCCGUUUCAGAACCCUAACAAUGCAGGACCGAUCACAAAUCCGGUCACAACGCCGCCUGCCAGUACUAACCCUCCUCUGUCACCCGCCGUCUCCGCUCCGCCGGCGGCAACCAAUCCGACGGGCGGCCAGACCUGGUGCGUGGCUAGACCCGGAUUACCCGAUUCUAGUCUGCAGCCGGCGCUGGAUUACGCUUGCGGACAAGUGGAUUGCAAAGAGAUUCAGCAGAACGGGAGGUGUUUCAACCCGAGCACUGUGCAGAGCCACGCCUCGUUCGCCUUUAACGCCUAUUAUCAGAAGAACCCGUCGCCUGGUAGCUGCGAUUUCGGGGGGACUGCCACGAUCACCACCUUAAAUCCGAGUUUUGACAGUUGUGUGUAUCUAACAACAUCAGGAUCAACUUCAUCUCCAUCACCAGUCCCACAAAUGCCACCACCACCGACAACUUCAUCAGUUCCAGUUCCAAUUCCAACACCAACAACGGCAGUUCCAACUCCCAUUAUGUCUCCAACUACCACAACAUCUUCACCUCUUCCCGGAGGAGUGCCCGGCACGGGGACGUUCCCGCCAGUGUUUCCAAACAUGACCAAUCCUACUAUUCCCAUCAUCACUCCUACCGGGCAAAUUCCUGGCAUUUCUCCAGCCAGUACUUCCACAUCUACCCUUCUGCAACCCGUCCUUGGUCCCGUCUUUCUGAUGGUCUCAUCCAUCUGUUUUGGGACACUUAUUUUGAAAGUCUGAGUGUGGGAAAUCCUGCCUAUCCCAAUGUUACAAAAACUGGGCUUUGGCUCUCUGGUCCUAUGUACAGUACCUUUGUUGGAGGAAUACAACCUUAGAUUGAGGUCUCCAGCACUCUUUAAUCUUUCACAUUGUUUGUAGGGAUUAUGUUAUGACUUGUGACUGUUGCAGAUUGGGGACUUUAGUUUAUCAGUGGAUUUAUUAUAUGCCUUAAAAGUUGUGACUUAUGUAAAUCAAAUUCUUAUUACACU